GACUUCAGCAUGCAUUUGACAGUGACUGGGAAGCUGGGAAAAUCACUUACAACAAUUAUAAAAAUGGAUCCGACAAUGCUGUUCUGGCUUACAAACUCUUGGUGCAAACAGGCAACCAAGCAAAGCCCACUGACAUCAGCCAGUUGACUAAACAGCGUUUGGUGGAUGCAGAUGGAAUCAUUAACCCAAAUGCUUUCUACAUCUACCUAACAGCCUGGGUUAGCAAUGACCCUGUGGCCUAUGCUGCCUCACAAGCCAACAUCCGUCCUCACCGCCCAGAAUGGGUCCAUGACAAAGCAGACUAUAUGCCAGAAACAAGGCUGAGAAUUCCAGCAGCUGAGCCCAUAGAAUAUGCUCAGUUUCCUUUCUACCUCAAUGGAUUGCGUGAAACUUCAGACUUUGUGGAAGCUAUCAAGAAAGUGAGAGCUAUCUGUAAUAACUAUGCUGGCCUGGGGAUUGCCAGCUACCCAAAUGGUUACCCAUUUCUAUUUUGGGAGCAGUAUAUUGGGCUUCGUCACUGGCUCCUCUUAUCCAUUAGUGUGGUUUUGGCUUGCACGUUUCUGGUGUGUGCCCUCUUCCUCCUGAACCCUUGGACAUCUGGCAUCAUUGUGGUGGUGCUGGCCCUGAUGACUGUGGAGCUGUUUGGCAUGAUGGGUCUAAUUGGAAUAAAGCUAAGUGCAGUGCCUGUGGUUAUCCUGGUUGCUUCUGUUGGCUUUGGUGUGGAAUUCACUGUUCAUAUUGCUUUGGCAUUUUUAACUGCCGUAGGAGACAAGAACCGUAGGGCUGUCCUUGCAUUGGAACAUAUGUUUGCACCAGUGUUGGAUGGAGCUGUGUCCACUCUGUUUGGAGUGUUAAUGCUCGCAGGAUCGGAGUUUGAUUUUAUUGUCAGGUAA